AUGUGGUAUUUUAUACUGUAGCUGAUUGCCAUAUUUUAAAACAAUAGCUCUAUAAAGUCUUCUUAGAAAUUUCUUGAUUCUACAAGAGACUAAAUCAGACUGAAUAUUUAAAAUUUUGACUUCGGUUUGUUCGUUAUAUCACCAUUUGAAGGGUACCCGAAUUCUUAUGAAAAUAUAUACAGAUACGUUAAUGUGACAGCUUCAUAUGAAGUAGAAUCCUAUGAAUACGUAAACUAAAAUGGAGAUACUUAUUAUGACUUGUUUUCAAAACAAUUAAAGUUAGUGAAAUGUAAUGAAAACAGAUUAUUUGGAAGUCACCUUCUCAAAGAUAGACUUAAAAGUUUUGAGUAUGAUGAGUCUUUCUGCCUUGAUGAAAAGUUCGAAAUAGAUUUGAAAGGAAAAUCUAAUUUCCUAGCAUUUUCAAUAAGUAGUUGCGAUUAAGCUUAUCUGAGUAGCAAAUUCCCAGGAUCAUAAUGUGAAAAAAAUACAACUAAAAUUAAAUAAUUCCUAGGUGAUGCAUAUGUAUUUAGUAUGAGUAUAGAAUAAUACUUUGACACUGAGGAUUUCAGUGAAAAUCCAAUUAAAGUAAAUGUAAAUAGUGAAAUAUUUAGUUUUUACUUCGAUCAGACCAAAGUAGCAUCAUAUGAUGUUUAAAACGGAGUGGCAAAGGUAACUGAUUCCUACCUGCAUGAAGGACUUUCAUAUGAAGAGUAUGGAUUUCUUUAAACAAAAUUAUAAUUUCUAGGAGGUUAUGAUAUGCCACUAGGAACAAGUAUAAAAGAUUACAUAGUCAUAAGAUUUGAAAUGAGUAAUUCAUUUUAGGUAAUAGAAAGACAGGUUGACAAUGUUGUUUAGGCUCUAUCUAAUACUGGAGGACUGGGUGGAAUCAUGCUGUUUAUUGUAAAAUUUCUAAUAAAUCCGCUGCAAGAAUUCCUGUUCUACUAAAGUUUAUUAAAGAAAACAUAUUUAAUAGAGAAGUAAAAAAUAAAGAAGAAUGAAGAUUUGGAUAAAUAAAGCGGAUAUAAGCCAUAAAAAUCUUUUUAGUCCUAAAAUUCUAAGAAUACUGUUUAAGAUUCUGAUGAAGAAAAGAUUGAGUUAGAUUCUGAUGAUUUUGAAAAGUUUUUAAAGCUGAUAUAUUGA